AUGGCAUUUGAGCGACGAACUUGUAGGAGAAGCAGCUCGACGGACGAUCCAUCGACCGGAAAGAUCGAGGUGCUUUCGUGGCUCAACAAGACGACGUUAGACGUGAUCGGACUAGCAGGGUUCAAUCACAGUUUCGAUGCGCUCAGUCCCAACGAAAGCUACCAUGAGCUUAAUGGAGCUAUACGAACUCUCCUGAAGAACCCUGAGAACCCUUCCACACUAGACAUACUUCACAUCCUCAUCCCAGCGACGCGCGUUGUUAAGAGCAAAAGAGACGUUGAGAUCGCAGAGGCACGCGCUAUCUUGGAUCGUGUGGGCAAGCAGUUCCUUGCAGAGCGUAAGGGAACUGUUCUCGCGUCCGGAGAGAGCAAGGUACAACGCAAAGACGUCGUGGGGAAGGAUCUGCUAUCGCUGCUUGUACGCGAUAACAUGGCCAGUGACAUUCCCGAGGACAGCCGUAUGACGGAUGAAGAGGUCCUGGCUCAGGUUCUUGCCCCUUACUCCUUUCGCACGUUGCCAGCCCUGACGCGCUCAUCAUGGGUGCCAACAUCCCUGCUGGCAGGUCACGAAACGACGUUCACGGCCGCUCUGGGAAGAGCUUUGACGAACCGAGCAUGGAGACGCUCGACGGACUUCCUUACCUUGACUGCGUCGGUAUCCAAGGGCGAUUCCAUCUUCCUCCCCUUCUUGGCCCUCUCGAAGAGCGAGGAGAUACGGGGUGCCGACGCGAACGAGUGGAAGCCUGAGCGUUGGGCGAAGGGCGUCCCGCGAGCUGCCGCGUCUAUCCCGGGCAUAUGGGGCAACACCUUCUCUUUCUCCGGAGGAGCGAGGGCGAUGAAGGCAAUCAUCUACACCCUCGUACGCGCUUUCAGGCUCUCUAUGUCUAUCGCCCCGUCGAGCAUCAAGUUCAAGUCGACUGCUGUCACGCGACCGCACCUCAAAGACAAGGUUCAUAACGUACCGCGAUUGCCGCUCUGGGUGAGCCUCGUGGAUUCAGAGGCCGGGUACGUGCAUGUCGCGUAG